AGGCACCAUAUUGGAACAGUUCAACCGUUCAUCAGUUACCGUUGGUACUUCGUAAACGAAGGAGCUCAUAACUGAUAGAACAAUUUAGAAUUCAAGAUGAAUUGGGCUCUUGCGGGCCUCUUUAUCGCUGGAGUGAUAUGUGUAGGAGAGGCUAAUAUUAUCAGGAAACGCGUAGCAUCCAGGACGGAAAACGCUUUUGUACGAAGUCCAAUUCCAAAUCCGUGCGGUGGUGGCUGUUCAGGUCAUUGCGCACCAGCUUGUUCUCAUGUAUGUUGUCAUCAUCCCCCACCACCUCCUCCCCCACCACUUCCACCCCCACCACCCCCACUUCCACCACCACCACCUGGACCUCCUGGCUUGGAUGGCCCCAUGGGUCUACCUGGACCAAUGGGACCUGAUGGACCUAAAGGACCUCUAGGUCAUCCUGGACCUCCAGGACCUCCCGGACCUCCAGGACAGGCCGGUGCACCUGCUGGACCUGCUGGACGUGAUGGACCUCCUGGACCACCUGGACCUUCUGGACAUCAGGGACCACCUGGUGAUCCUGGUCUCAUGGGACCACUUGGCCCUCCAGGACCUCCCGGCCAGCCAGCACCACCAGGACCACCACCACCAUGCCCUCCAGUGUGCGCUCACACCUGCAUCAGAGCUUGCCCAGCACCAUGUUGUCAUGGACGUUAGACCAUUCCUAGAUAUCGAACUGAAGCCUAUCAGAACAGACUUCAUACAAUACAUGUAUUUCUCAAAUUCUGUGUUUUGUAUUUUAACCAGUUUUAAUGCUUUGUUGUUGGUAGUAAUGACAAAAAAGAAUACUUGUAUUGCAUCAGUAACUAAGUUAAUACUAAACUAUUCUGAUUAACGUUAUAUUUCUGUAUCGAGAAAAAUAUAUGUGUUGAUUGUUGGACUACGUGAUA